CGCGCAUCUGUGGUAGGCCUUGGCUUCAGCAGCACGGCGAAUUUAGACCAUUAAAUGCCUAAUCUUAUCACUUGGGAACUGUAGCGUUCCUUCAGAAAAGUGAACUCAAAGCUUGGUUUUACGUCUUCAAUAGACAAGCAAAGAAAUGUUUCUGGGGAAGAUGCAUAAUUUUGCUGCAGACGAUGGAAACACUUUCUUCCUCAGCGAUCGGACUUCUGCUCCGACAUUGAGCGGGUUAAGUUUGGCAGAUACUCCUCCUGACGGGAAUUACAAUGCACCGAACUACAAAUUGAAUGUCAGUUUCCAAGCCUCCCUAAUUGUCGUCAUCUUGGGGUUGGUCAUCUUUCUCUUAUUCAUUGCCUUUUUAAUUCUCCUCAUCUGCCGCCGCGCAACCUUCGGGGAGCCUACUACAAGUUUCAGACGAGAGGAGACCAAUAAUAAUGAGAGGGGCCUGGACCAGACGGUCAUCGAGAGCUUCCCAGUAUUCAGCUACGAUCUGGUGAAGGGGCUAAAAGCGCGGGCCAUGGGAUCCGAGUGCGCCGUCUGCCUCAGCGACUUCACGGGCGAGGAAAUGGUGCGGUUGCUUCCCAAGUGCAGCCACGCUUUUCACCCGGAGUGCAUCGACAUGUGGCUCUGCUCGCACUCAACGUGCCCCGUCUGCCGGAUUAGCCUUGUGCCCGCAGAGGACUCCACUCCCACAGCCAACGCAGAGCCACGGACAACGCCUGAGCAGGUCGCUAUCGUUGUUGACAACGGUAAUGCUGAAGCGAUCGUUGUUGACAAUGAUAAUCAUGAUUCCACAGGGCAUUCGUUAGUACGGGUGCGGACGGAGUUGGAGCAGGGAACGGAGUGGUACAUCUCCACGCCCACCGGGCUUAAACCCGGUUUGCGCAAGAGUUUGAGUUUUUUGGGGCAUCUUCGUUCUCAGAAGCCUAUCAGUUCUAAUGCCCCGCCCGUGUGCUCUAAGGCAGUUGAUUCGGAGGAAGUUGCAGGGCACAGAUCGAGAUCGGAAAGAUGGGGGGGCAAUUCAAUGAAUCCAGCCACGUUUAUAAGGAGUUUUUCUGAGCGCGUUACGCCACAGCCCAGAGAGCAACGGUAGCUGGAGCAAUGGGAUCGACGGGUCUACUUGAAAAGGGCGUUGUGUUCGCUGAUUCGGGAAGAGAGAGAGAAGAAAGGGCCGAGAGUUUACAGAACGGAUCGGUCUUUUCCUCAGAUGUUGAUAGAUCAUUUGUAUAAAUACCUAAUUGAUAUAAGGUUCUACUCUUGUAUCUGAUCCCCAUUGUGGCCCUUGGAAAAUCGAGUUGAACUGAGAAAAAGAGCAGGCUUCGGAGCUCCCUUUGCGCUUGGAAUCCAGAACCUCAAAAUGGGCUUCCUAUCCUCGAGGUAAUUCAGAUGAGUAAAUAUUUAUCGUGCAAACUAACAUCUACGAGCAACAGGAUUUUUACGAUAGAGUAAGUGUAGUGCUUCAAUAUUUGUCUUGCAUAGAACAUUUCUACACCAUGUGGCACACGAGUUUUUUUUUAAGGAUAUAUCUUUUUUUUUUA